UUAAAUAUAUUUACAUGUCAGUAGCGGUUAAAACUAUUAGUUGGUUAGACGUAUUUAGCCAUUUAUUUAGUCUGUGCCAACGAAAAUGUCUCAAAAAGUGAUUAAGACUAUAAUUUCCACUUCUAAAACCUACAAACCCGUAGGCCCAUACAGUCAAGCAAUAUUAGCAGACAAAACGCUCUAUGUCUCCGGGAUACUAGGCGCGGAUCCAAACGCUAAACUGGUCCCGGGCGGGGCGGGGCCACAGGCUAAACAGGCUUUGGACAAUCUGACACAUAUCCUGGCUGCAGGUGGGGCGUCACUGGAGUCUGUUGUGAAGACUACUAUAUUGUUGGCGAAUAUUGAUGAUUUUGUCGAAGUGAACAAAAUCUACGGGCAAUACUUCACCAAGAAUAACCCCGCGCGGUCCACAUACCAAGUGGCCAAAUUGCCCAUGGGCGCCGCAGUGGAGAUCGAAGCGAUCGCCCUGAGCGGGGAUCUCACCGUCACAGAAAAAAAAGACUAAACUCCCGCUAUUAAAAAUGACACGUGUUCCAGCCCUCUACAAUCGGAACGUGGUGUGCAGAGUUAGAGAGAGAGAAUUGAUUUAUGCUGAAUUUCAAAAACACUUCCUCAUGCAAGACCACCUACGAUUGUAGACAAGAGGGGUUAGUGCGGGUUUGCAUUUCACUUACACCACACCAUCGAAUCGAUUCGAAGUGAGACGCAGCGAACAAAUCACAUUGCAGUGUGGUUGUCGUUGCGUCACAAUGGCAAGAGGAAUUCGAUGGUGAAAAGCGAAAUGCAAACCCGCACUAAGUCCAAAGGUCCGAUUUUACCAAGGUAUAUUGGAAAUAUAAAAUAUAAUAUAUCAAAUGACUGAAA